UUCGAUUAAUCGCAAGCUAUCGAAACAGAUAACGAGCGCCGUUGUCAUUCUCUCAUAGUCCAGUCCGCUCGUGAUUCACAGUACGCCAUUUUCUUAGUUUGUGAAGUGUCGAAGCAGACGGAAUAUCGCUGUUUUUAAUUCAAGUAAAAGUUAAUCUCACUACUGUAGUAGAGAGAAAUGGCGUCGCGCAAGAAAACGCUUCUGAAAGUGAUCAUCCUCGGUGAUUCCGGAGUGGGAAAGACCUCGUUAAUGAAUCAGUACGUUAAUAAAAAGUUCAGUAACCAGUACAAGGCUACGAUUGGCGCUGACUUUCUCACCAAGGAAGUUAUGGUCGAUGGCAGGAUAGUCACUAUGCAGAUCUGGGACACGGCUGGGCAGGAAAGGUUUCAAUCCUUGGGUGUAGCUUUUUACAGAGGCGCCGACUGUUGUGUUUUGGUUUUCGAUGUUGCUGCGCCGAACACCUUCAAGUCCCUAGAUUCAUGGAGAGACGAAUUCCUCAUUCAAGCGUCGCCCACAGAUCCAGACAACUUUCCAUUCGUUGUUCUGGGCAACAAAGUCGACCUCGAGACUAAGGCCGUGGCGGGAAAACGAGCUCAACAGUGGUGUGAGUCUAAGAACAAUAUUCCAUACUUUGAGACGAGUGCUAAGGAGGCGAUAAACGUCGAGCAAGCCUUUCAAACGAUAGCCAAAAAUGCGCUAGCUCAAGAAAACGAGGUGGAAUUGUACAACGAGUUCCCACCCCAAAUAAGAUUAACCGACGAUACAAAAAACAAUGGGAAAGGAGAUUCGUGUGCCUGCUAGAUACAAACGUAACUCAAUUUUGGAGCAAGUAUAACGUCCGGUCAGCGUCUUGAGCGACGCUAGGAGUAACCUAGACAAAGAGUCGAGCUGAAAUUUUUGGAAUUGGUGAAAUGUAAAUGCGAUAUUGAAGAUAAACUGUUAAAAAAAUGAAGUUAAACUGAACCCAAUGAUGAAGAAAAGGAAAUUUAAUUAAAUAUACACAUACUAGGCUCAGAACUCUCGAUUUCUGAUUUAUAUUAAUUAUUUUAUUGUAUAUGUGAAAUGUAUAGGUAUCUAUAUUGAAGAAUAAAAUAUUGUAUAGCAUUACAGUUUGAAAGAAAAUUUCAACAUAUCUACAAUAGUAACGACAACAUCAACAACAAGAAAAUAAUAAUAACAACAACAACAAUAAUAAUAAUAGUUAUAAUAACAAUAGUAAUAACAAUGGAGAAAAUAAUAAUAGUACUAUUGAUAGUAAAAGAGUUAUUAGGUCAUUGCUUGAUCGCGAUAGUCUAAUACGUGUACGAUAUAGUACGAUAUAACAUAUUAUAAUGUUUAAAAAGCAUGGUAAUAUACUUGAUCUUAAAAACAUUAGAUAUUCUGUCUUAUAAAUUAGAAAACAAUAUUACAUUUGUUAAAAAUAUCAUUUCGCUUUCUUUUUCUUUCUUUUUUAUAUACAUACGUAACAAUAUGCUACUUAGUGAAUAUUCUAUAGGCGUUGAUAAUAAUUGGAAAAAAUACUUAAAAAAGAAAAAAACUGCAACGCGUGUCGCUAUUCAUAAAUUACAUUAUUGUUAUUAUUAUCAUUAUUAUUAUUACUUUUAUCUAGUUUAAUUUGUAUUUACAUACUUAUUUAUAGCUGAGCAAAUGAUUGAAACGUCGCAACUGCCCACCGCGUUUAAUUCGAGACUUUGUUUUCUAAAACCGGCUUCGGAAAAUAACAGUUGUGGUAGACAUCAGACGUCGUCACUGCGGAUUUUUAUAAGCUCAAAUUUUUGUUCUGUAUCGGUACUUGGGAUCAUAUUACCUAAUUGGUCAUUUUUUACGACAUACGAUGUCCCGAAUCGUUACAAAAAUUAGAUCAACAAAAUAUUCUUGAAUAAAAGCCGUGAGUGUUUAUGGAUCUAUUGUCAUGUCUCCCUCUCUUUCUCUAUUUCUCUCUUUCUUUCCUUCUCUAUGUAUCUAAUGUUAUAUGAAAAGAGCGAUAACAUGUUGACAUUGCAAUAUCGUUAGCCAAAAUCGAGUAGAACGACACAGGCAGAAUAUUUUUCUUUUGAACAUUAUCAGCUAAUUGUUAAUUAUUGGUAUUUACGCUUCGGCGAAGAAUUUAUUAAACAAUAAAUAACUUGAGCAUGAUCUCGCAUUUAAUAUUGUUUUACAUAGUAAUAAUAUGAAUAAAGUACGUAUAGUUGACAGCUGGUUCGUUUAUUCUGCGUAUUUUCAAUGCCUCAUUGAAUCGAUCGGCAAACGUAGUUGUUUUCAAUUCUUUUGAGUAUUUCAAUGAUCGAUGAAACGAAUCGAAAAAAUCGACCAUUUGAAUUUCACAAAAAAAAAAGUAUAAAGUAAGUAAAAAAGGAACAACCAAUUUCAUCGGUUAACCGUCUAACAUAAU